CAAGUAGAUUUUCACAUUAAGUACAAAAAUACAUUUCGAGCUCUGAAAAAAAGGAGUUUGAGAGAGAUGAACAGUUAUGCAAGUAUGAUUGUGUUUGGUGCUAUUUUUGCAGCUAUGGUGCAGUACAUAGGUGCUCAAACUGUGCAUAUUGUUGGAGAUAGCGUAGGUUGGGACAUACCUCCAAAUAGCUCAGUCUCAUAUGCCAACUGGGUUUCUGGCAAAACCUUCAUGGUCGGCGACAUCUUGGUGUUUAACUUCAUGACCAACCAACACGACCUACUACAAGUACCAAAAUCCUCCUAUGAUGCAUGCAGCGACGACAAUGCCAUAGGCAGUGCCAUCACAACUGGACCGGCAAACGUAACUCUCGACUCUGCAGGGGAGCACUACUACAUUUGCACCUUCGGCAGCCACUGCCAAAUGGGCCAGAAGCUAGCCAUAACAGUCUCAGGCACGCCAGGAGCCAAUCCGCCCACUUCCAGCCCACCAACCACCCCAACAACCCCUUCUCCCACCUCAACUCAGCCAGAUGCAUGUGCUCCUACUCCAUCUUCAACUCCAAAUGCUGGUAGACCUCCGGCUUCGGCAACAUCCCCUGCUGGCACCCCUCCUCCACCAUAUGAUUCUUCAUCAAUGUCUGUGUUCGCAAGUUUCUUGCCAGUUCUGCUGUCCAUUGGAGCGGCCUUACUUAUUUAAGGAAUGAAUAGGAUGAGGACUAUUCACAAUAGACUAUGAUUCCAUUUUUCCUGCAUUUCAAUUUUAUAUUUGUUAUUCUGUUUGGAUAUUAUUCAGUUUCUUUACUUUUGGGCACUAGUAUAAGAUCAAUAAAUUUAUUGUGGACCUAUCA